AUGACACUGUCCAUCAAGUCCCAGUUUCAUUCGCAGCUAUCCAAACCGCAACGAAGACAGACAAGGCUUAAGUUCAUCCGUGAUGGCUGGCCAACCGAUCCACAGUCAAUCACAAAUCCAGACGUGCAUUCCUACUUGAGCAGACGAGACUCCCUCACCCAUGUCGACGGGUGUAUUUUGUUCCGCGACAGAGUAGUCGUUCCGAGCAAAUUUCGACAACAGAUCCUGAAUCAGUUUCAUCGCGGACACCCUGGUAUGGUUCGCAUGAAGUCGAUUGCACGCAGUUUUGUCUAUUGGCCAGGAAUAGAUAAGGACAUCGAGGAUUUUAUCCGGCGGUGCACUCCAUGCUGCAUAGCUGGGAAAACACCUACCAAAUCAACGCCCGAAUCUUGGCCCAUGCCCGACAAGCCGUGGUCACGUAUACACGUGGACUAUGCAGGACCUGUGGACAGAUUGUACUUCCUGGUGAUUGUGGAUCCUUACACCAAAUGGCCGGAAGUGUACGCAACAAGAACCACAACGACGAAAACAACAACGAAGCUUCUUUCCCAGUCGUUCUCAACAUUCGGUGUUCCGGAAACCAUCGUCUGGGAUAACGGUACCCAAUUCACUAGCCACGAGUUCCAGGUUUUCUGUGAAAAGCAAGGUAUCCGCCACAUCCGAACAGCACCGUACCAUCCUCAAUCCAACGGGUUAGCUGAACGUUUCGUGGACACGCUGAAACGCACGCUCCGGAAAAUUCGCUCCGGGGGAGAAACACUGGAGGAAGCACUGCUGAUUUUUCUCCAAGUUUACCGAACAACACCAACAGCAGAUCUCGGUAACAAAUCUCCAGCAGAAAUAAUGUUCGGUAGGUCAAUCCGAACAGUUUCGUCGAUUCUUCUACCAACCACUCAAUGCAUUCCAGCAACGCAGACUGAACAGCAAACCGUCAAGAAUGGUGCAGUCUCAAGGCAGUUCGCUCCUGGUGAUUCGGUGUACGUCCAGGUUCAUCAAGGUAAUGCAUGGCAGUGGCAGGCCGCCACGGUCAUCGAACGAAUUGGAAGAGUCAACUACAACGUUUUCCUGCAAGAUCGUCAACGACUCAUCCGCUCACACAUCAAUCAACUGAAGCAUCGUGCGACCAAGACUGUUCCCGAUCCAGGUGCAAACCAAGACCCGAGUCCAUUAUCAGGGUUUGUCGACGGAUUUGGUCUUGAGGUGCCAACUCAAGCCGUUCCAGCAGUAAUACCGCAUCCACCACCCAACGGAGCCGUGGACUCUGACGGUUCAGAGUAUUAUUCGGAUGGAAGCAGCGAAAACGACGGUCCGCCUCAGCCAGAUCCAGUGCCAGUUCCGGUUGCAACUCCUGCGAGGGAACGACGACAAACCAGGUUGCCAUCUAGGUUCGAGCCGUACUGGAUGGCUUAA